UCCCUCUCGCACGAGCCGACGGAUUGAGCCCUAGCCGGCGCAAACGCAGAGAGGGAAAGCGUGGGCGACGAACGGGAGUGAAGAAGCCUCUUGCGCUCCGCCACCGUGAGCAGUGGUGCGAAGAACAAUUGAAACCAUUCUGCCAGACAAUCAGAUAUCUUGCAAUUUAUUGAAUUCCUAUGAUGUCGUCUGGUCCUGGACUUCAGUCACUAGUAGAUCAGACCAUAUCAGUCAUUACAAAUGACGGACGACAUAUUGUGGGAAUUUUAAAAGGGUUUGACCAAGCUACCAAUAUCAUUCUUGAUGAGUCACAUGAACGGGUUUACUCUACAAAGGAAGGUGUUCAACAACUUGUUUUAGGACUGUAUAUUAUAAGGGGUGAUAACAUAAGUGUUGUGGGAGAAGUAGAUGAAGAGCUGGAUGCAAAUCUGGAUCUGUCAAAACUUAGGGCACAUCCUCUCAAGCCUAUGCUCCAUUGAUCAACUUAAUGUCCAAGCCUCUUGAUAUUUUCCUCUCUACAAGAGAGAUGUCCUACAGUGGGAUUUGAGGUAUUUAGUUGUUCAAAACAAGAAUAGACCUCCUGGUGUUUGUCUAAUAGAAUACAAUUUGUUUCUAUACUGCUAUAUUUUUUGAUGCCAACUAAGCAACAUUAUUUCCAGUAGACACAUUAAAAAAAGGCAAUGCAUCAGAACUGAAAGGAUAUAUGGAUCUAAACAUUUUGGAA